UUUAACUAUAAGAAGCAACUCGUGGUCCCUCAGAUGGCAACCCCUAAAACAUUAUCUAAAGACCCAGUAUCGCUAGGCCAUGGCCAGAGUAUCAAUUCACAGGUGAUAAACCUCAGAGAUAAGACUCAGUGAGCUGAGUAUGCAAGCAAAGAAGCUGGGAAAUUAGGGGUCAACUCGAAACAGAGUACCAAACCCAUUGAUACUUAUGGGACUGCAGACACAAUACUUCUGAAUGAUGGAAGACCUGUGAAGAAGAUAGGAAAUAACUACUAUGUCGAAUUUGAUAAGCCUAUAAUUCCCAGAUUUACUUCUAAUAAACCCUCCUCUAUAAUUCAUGAUUCUUGAUUCUCCUCUCCUACAAUGCUGCAGCUUUCUUGAUCAAAAGUACCCAAUAACUUAGAGUUUUCUAAGACCAAAGAGUUUUCAAGAAGAAAUAAAUCAAAUAAAGGAUGCAAAAAUGGAGAAUACUGCACUUGAGGUUUAUCUAAGGACGAGGCUUACCUUGUCAAUUAUCUUCUCAAGAAGAGCAAUCUUGGGUUCAUGCAAGAGCUCCAGAAUUUCAGAUAUGAACUUAUUCAAAAACGGACCCCUCUGAAUAAAAAGAAAUAUUUUCAAUUUGUCUGAAAGUUCGAAGGGAACUGUAAUGCUAAAUUCACAAGAAGCUGGAACUUCCUCGACCAUUGAAGAAUGCACUAUGGGAUACGGCCUUAUCAAUGUGAUCAAUGUGAAAGAAGCUUCACACAGAAAGGGAACUUGAAGAGUCAUAAAUUGACGCAUUAAUAUGAAAUUAAACUUAUCAUAAGGCUUUUCAAAACUAUACGAAAGUAUUAUCUAAUUCCAUCGGAUUUCCUUUCUCAACAGCUUGGUCAUCUCCAAGAAUUGGCAAAAUAUUUUUAUGAGCUAUCUGAGGUUUCCUGUUGAAUGAAAUCUAUUAUUUCUACCUUUUACACCAAGAUAUGACUUUCUAUAUUACAGGUUUACUAUUUUCUUUCAAAACUCAAUACUAACGGAUUUACUUGAUUAUGCCUGAGUGAAUAUCUUUGUUGCCAAAAUAAUGCUAUAGCAUGUUUCGAGCCAUAGAAGAGAUUCCUCAAAGAUUAUACAAAAAUACCAAAACUUGUCAUCCUCCGCACUCUAUUCAAUUUAGCUUUAGUUAAAGUUUAACUAAGAUAAUUCGAACUGAAGCAAUUGAAAUAAUGUGAGAAAGGCAGGAAAAAGAGAUUUAGCAUUCCUCAAACAUUAGCAUUGGCUUAAAUGAGCAAUCAGAUGUCUAAUGGUAAUUUUAUAA